AUGGUAUCACUCAGAGAACUUGCAGCAACAGUGAACAAAAGAGCCAUCCUGCACACAGACACAGACUCACAAUAUGUCCUGAAACAUCUAACGUCCUCCCUCCGACGUAUGGAAGACUCUGGGUACAUAGGAGUCCCAAACAGAGGUAUCCUCCAAGCGAUGGUGGCGAGCUUCCACAGCUGGAAGCAAAUCUCAACUAUGAAAUGGGUUAAAGGGCACAAUGGGCACCAAGGAAAUGAGGAGGCAGACCGUCUUGCAAAUGAGGGAGCCUGGAAGAGUGAUGCGGACUCCAUAAGCCUUGAAAUUCACCCAACUAUCAGAGUAACAGGAGCGGCGCUAAACAAAAUGACCCAAAGCCGAGCCUACAAAGCCCUGCACAAACGUAAGCUUCGUAACCUCCAACCCCGGCCCAAAACAGCUAGGAACCUGGAAAAAGCAAUGUUAGAAGGGCUAGACGUGUUUGGGGAGAAGCCCACAGCAGAAGCCCUGUGGAGAUCAUUCCAACACAAAGACAUUGACCGGGGUACAAGGUACUUCUUAUGGAUGUUAACCCACGAAGCUUAUAGAGUUGGUGAGAAAUGGUUACACUUCGCACCGGAAUACCAUGAGCGCGCUCAAUGCGAACAUUGUGGUGGCGUGCUGGAGAGCAUGGAACACAUCCUCACAUCCUGCACCACCCCGGGACAGAAGGAAGUCUGGGAUCUCACCAAGACCCUACUAGAAAAACGAAAAAUCUCAUGGCAUUCCCCCUCAAUGGCCAUGAUCCAGACCUGUGCGGUGCCUGUGUUCAAAAGACGGAAUGGCAAAUGUGAUAGCGGUAAGGAGAGGUUCUACCGCAUAAUCAUAUCUUCUUCGGUGCAAGUCAUAUGGAAUGCCCGUUGCGAGAGAGUGAUUGGACGACAAAACAGUCCCUUCACACCUGACCAGAUCCGAAACAGAUGGCUGAAAAAGAUAAACAAACGGCUAGAAUUGGAUCGCCUGAUGACUUACAAACGUUUUGGCAAGAAGGCUCUCCCCAAAGACAUAGUACUGAGAACAUGGGCAGGGUCCCUCCAGAACGAGCAUCAGCUUCCAUCUGACUGGACAGAAGCAAGCAGGGUUUUAGUGGGUAUGGAAUCAUAG